GAAUAAGUUAAAUCGUGCGAUGGGAAUCCUUCUGAAUACAAGUGAAAUAGAAGAUGAUAAAGUUGCAGAAAUUAUUUUUGAUCUGUCAUUAAACAAUGAUUCUGAAGCCUCCAAAAUAGCCCAGGCUAUGGAAAAAUAUAUUCAAAUUAUUGAUGAACCCAUUGCUAUAAAAGAGAUACUCAAUAAUAAUGAAAUGAUUGCUUUGGUUCAGGCUGAAGAAAUAAUCAAGAACAGGAAAGUGAUGACGAUGAUAAAGAGCCAUCUUCUCCACUAUAAUAGCUAA